GGAACAACACUGGCGCUGUCGUUGGCGUAUUUACCGUCGUUGGUCUAAUUGGUUUGGCACUGCCUCAUCCUCAUCGUGACUACCGCUAUACGUCGGCGGCGUGCCAUCAAAUUCGAUAAAGAGAUCGCAGCUGCAGCUGCCGAUGCUGCAGGCGACAACUCGCUUCCCGUUCGAUGAUUAUUCCGACCCCAGCGGUGGCGGCUACGGAUACUCGGACAACAGCCAUGGCACCUUCGGACAGCCUCCCAUGCGCCCUGUCGAAUCGUUCGGAAUGACGGAGAUGUCCCAGUUUGAUCCUUACGCAGCCGCCCCGAAUGCUGCGAGUGGAGGAGCUGCUGCCUUCCAGAGAUCCAGAAGCAGGAAAGAGAGUGAGGUUGGUACACCGGGCAUUGCUGGCGUCGGUGCUGGAAACCUAGCUCGCGAACCGAGUCGUCGUGCGCCUUAUCAUGCCUUUGCCGGCCCCAACCCUCAAGACUUAAAUGACCCCGUGGCCAACGUCCGGUACCCACGUAGUACAGCCACUCAAGAUAUCCUCGAGGCCGCUGGCCUAGCUGGUACUGGUGCAGCUGCCGUAGCCAAUAAUGGCACCGGUGCAUUCGUCAAUCGUAGACCCUCCGAAUAUACCCAGAAUACCCACCGGAGUGGUCGUUCCCAUGCAUAUGCAACUUCCAGUGAGGGUGGCCAUCCCUCUCCGCUUCAGCCAGGGUACAACCCUCCGCAACGCAGUAAUUCUCGCGUGCUAGCCAACGCGUCUGACCCGUAUGGUGUCUGCGUCCCGGCGCCGUAUCCUCCACAGUCCCCGAGUCCCCCUCUCUCUAAUCAACAUCGGAUGUCGGCAUCUCCACCCCCUGCGAAUGAGUACUAUGCUGCUGAGAACGAGGAUCAACCCCACGAAGGUGGCCAACCUGCCAUUCCCGCGGAGAAUCGCUUGAGCCUCCAGGACGAUACCGACUACGCUCAAGAGCCUCGUGUUUUGAGGGUUAUGAAUGCGUGAUUCUCCUUCGUCUCCAAGGUAUCGUACCGUGAAUUGGUGUCUCCUUUAUCCCGGCGUGUCAGUUCGUAUACGCAAGUACCCCCCUCCCUUCACUUCUUGUUUAUUUGUUAUGUAGUACGUGCAGAUUCGAUGCAUAGGCUAUGUAUCCUGCCAGCACCGCUUCUUGUUUUGUCUUUCAUAUUUUUAUUAUUUCGCGUAGACAGGCCUGUUUUACAUUAUGCUUUUGCUACUCAUGCAACGUGUAAAGUAGCUGCUAAAAUGCAAUGCCGCGCGUGUUGCGC